AUGGCCCUACGACAAACCGCCUCUCGCUCUUUGCGCAUUGCCUCGCGCAAUGUCGCCCCCUCGACCAGAGCCUUCUCAGUCUCGGCCCUCCGCGCGAAGGAGCUCGCCGCCGAUGUUUCCGACUUGCCCAACAUGAGACACGCCCAAAGAAGCGCUCAGGGCCGUCUCCAUGUUCCCAUUGUCAACCCGGCCGACAAGUUCCAAGAAAAGGCCGACAGCUUGCACCAGUAUGGCCAGUACUUGAUGUCUUGCAUGCCCAAGUACAUCCAGCAGUUCUCGGUCUGGAAAGAUGAGCUUGUCAUCUACAUCGCCCCCAACGCCGUCCUCCCCGUCUUCAACUUCCUCAAGUACCACACCGCCGCCGAGUUCACCCAGAUCAGCGACAUCACCGCUGUCGACUACCCUACCCGCGACCAGCGUUUCGAGGUCGUUUACAACAUGCUUUCCGUCCGCCACAACGCCCGUAUCCGCGUCAAGACCUACGCCGAUGAGGCCACUCCCGUCCCUUCGCUCUGCGGUCUGUACGACGGCGCAAACUGGUACGAGCGUGAGGUCUACGACUUGUUCGGUGUCUUCUUCGUUGGACACCCCGAUCUUCGUCGCAUCAUGACCGACUACGGUUUCGACGGUCACCCGCUCCGCAAGGACUUCCCCCUUACUGGAUACACCGAGAUUCGUUACGACGAGGAGCAGAAGCGCAUUGUUGUUGAGCCCCUUGAGUUGACCCAGGCCUUCAGAAACUUUGAGGGUGGUAGCUCUGCUUGGGAGCAGGUCGGCCCUGGUCACGACAGAAGACCCGAGAGCUUCAAGCUCCCUACACCAAAGCCCGAGCCCAAAGCUGAGGAGAAGAAGUAAUCGAUUCACUCUAGACUCCCUGGUGGUGUAUCAUAGUGUAAUCAGCCCACGUCAAAUUUCAAUACCGACUUUUCUUUUUUGUUC